UCUCUCGCGAUAAAUACAUGAACGACUCCGUGCAAUAAAUUAAUUUGGGAUUGCAAAUGUCUGCAGGGCCAGUUCGCUGUAGUAUGAUAUGACAUGAUAAUUAGAUGCUGCUACCCGAUGUUUCGCCGUUCUCGUCGAUAAUCCUCAUCAAAUCAAAACCCCCCGUUAUCCCCCAGCCAUGGGAGUCAUCCCAAUCCAAGAUCGAACGUCCGAGUUUCGAUCUAUCCUUGGCCAGGCCCAGAAACGACUGGCCGCAUCGAAAGCCGACGCUCAUCGCCAGGCCCUCCUUCGCCAGGAGAGCCAUUCACAGAAUGCAACGCCCAAAAAGUCAGAGUUUGCCAGGCGUGCGGCAGAGAUCGGAAGAGCCAUCACCGCAACAACUGCGAAGCUACAGCGACUCGCGCAGCUGGCAAAGAGAAAGUCUCUCUUCGAUGACCGACCUGUCGAGAUCUCCGAGUUGACCUAUGUCAUCAAACAGGAUCUCGCAUCCUUGAACUCUCAGAUUGCUGCUCUCCAGGCUCUCACGCUCUCCCAACACCCCAAAGCUUCCCGAAGUCUUGCAGACCAGGAAGGGCAGCAUAACGACAAUGUUGUGGUUAUGCUUCAAGGGAAAUUGGCCGAUGUCGGUGCCAACUUCAAGGAGGUUCUCGAAGUGCGCACCAAGAACAUUCAGGCCUCCCGGUCGAGAACAGAAAACUUCAUCUCCUCUGUCUCCUCCAAAUCCCAGCAUGCACUGAAUCCCCAACGAUCCGAUUCUCCUUUAUACAACCCACCGAGGAGCCGCAGCCCACAGCCAACCUCAUCUGAUCUACUUACGCUGGAACCUUCGCAGCUGAUGAUGAUGGAAGAAGCGCAGCAGCCGUCCAACACGUACAUCCAAGCUCGAGGGGAAGCAAUCGAAGCUAUAGAACGGACGAUCAACGAGCUCGGGGGCAUCUUUGGGCAACUAGCAACGAUGGUGAGCGAGCAGUCCGAGAUGAUCCAGCGGAUCGACGCCAACACGGAAGAUGUCGUGGAUAACGUGCAAGGGGCGCAUCGAGAACUGCUGAAAUACUGGUCGAGAGUGUCGGGGAACCGAUGGCUUAUAGCAAAAAUGUUCGGGGUUUUAAUGAUCUUCUUCCUCUUAUGGGUUUUAAUAUCCGGAUGA